AUGGCAAAAGCUUAUGAUCGUAUGGAGUGGCCUUUUCUACGCAAAAUGUUGCUGGCAUCAGGUUUUUCCAUUGAGUGGGUGAACUUGGUUAUGCUUCGUGUGACCACGGUCUCCUACAAUGUUCUAGUGAAUGGAGCAAAUGUUGGUCAGGUUGUCCCUACUCGUGAAUUGCUAGGGGAGCACCCCUGGUAUCACAUUUGUUCUUUGCAGAUGAUAGUAUCUUGUGUUUCAAAACAACUACUCUGGAAGCAGGAGUUAUCAAGUAGUGCCUUAUUGAAUACGAGAAUAUGUCUAGGCAGGCGGUUGAACUUCCAUAAGUCUAGUGUGUGUUUGAGUAGGAACACUUCUGAGUUUGAUAGAAAUAAAGUGGCAGCGAUUUUGGGUGUUGUUCAAGCUCCUAAUUUUGGGAAAUAUUUGGGACUCCCAUUCUUUGUAAGAAGAGAUAAGAGAGUUGUGUUCUCAUAUAUUGAGGAUAAGAUUAAGCACAUGAUAGGUUGGCGGAGUAAGAAGCUUAUUUCACAGGCACGAAAAGAGGUCCUUAUCAAAAGUGUGGCCCAGUCUAUGCCUACAUUUACUAUGAGUGUUUUCUUGCUCCCUGACUCAGUUUGUUUAUCCAUUAAGAGGGCCAUGAAUCGCUAUUGGUGGGGGUCUGGGAUUGAGAAAGCUAUGCCCCAUGAGCUUGAUGGUUCAUUGGUUUCAGGGCUAAUUGAUCUGGCUACUGGUACUUGGGAUCAAUCGAUCGUCCAAGACAUCUUUGAUUCGGGUGACGUGGAUCUCAUCAUGAGGGUUCCGAUCACUCCUUGA